GCACAUUUGACCUUGUAGUUGCUCUUACAGACAUACAGUAUAUAAUUCUGAAGUCAUUUUGGGAGUUAAACUGAACCGAAUCUCCUUUAGAAAUGAAUCACAGUGACUAGGCCAAAUAACACCUCCAGUCAUUAGUCAUUGUUCCUCUUUGUUCCCAAAUGUAGGUAGGCCUGUGAUAGUUGAAUUUAAAUAAGUUAAAUAACACUAAUUAGCCUACUAAUAAGCCUAUAAUUAUGGCGGCACUGGCACUGCACGAAAACUCAUUCAAGUCUGUAAUGUGUGUGUGCGAGAGACAGAGAGACUGGUGGAUCGACACAAGCACGCGCACCACGGACACUGUUGUGUCUCUGUAUCUCGUGCACACAUCACACCUGCGCGCGCCUCUCCCUCUCUUUCUCCCUCCCUCUCUCUCUCUCCGCCACUUCAAAGCUCUACUUGAAAGUGGGCUCGAGACAAGAGUUGUUUUCUUUCCGCCUGGUGGUGCCACGCGCCGAGCAUCAUCGUCAUCAUCACCAUGCCUCGAGGAUUCUUGGUGAAGAGAAACCGGCGAUGUGCGGCGUCAUACCGCUCACGAAGUAACACUAACAACAAACCGGUACCGUCUGACGGUGACAGGAGCAACUGUGAGAACUUUGAGGCGACAAAACCGGAGGCCGGGAAGGAGAAAGGCGGGUUGAAUGUUUUCUCCUUUGAACGGGCAGAUGGACUACUCCCGGUGUCCCGCGAAGACUCCGCCGGUGUCAGAGAGGCUUGGAGCCCGCACGUGGAGUCUGCGCUGGAGGCAGAGGCGGACCGGCGCGCGCAAUUACCGGAGACCGAGGAGCAGGUGAGCGAGGUGGACGUUUUGACUCCUGAUAGUGAUUUCUCCUGCUUCCUCCCUCCUCCUCCACUACCACCACGCGACUUGACCGUAACUGAGUCUUGCAGCCCCGUUAAACCGGUCGGCACGCGACUUCUGGAACACCAUGAGGAAGGAGAGAAGCAGCCGCUGUUCCCCAGUCAGUGCCUGACAUCAUCUACAGUGUCGGAGCUUCCAUUCCUGGUGAGCUCCACGCCGACCUCGGUGUCCGCUUCUAUCGAGAGGCUCCUCGCAAGCAGCAGCCGCCACGCGCCGUCCUACGGUCCCAGUGACAAAUACGAGCAGAGUAUGGGUCACGCGCACUUGUUCCCGCCGCUGACACUGAUGAACCAGGAGCAGCAUCACGCAGCGAGGAAACGCUCGUUCCUCGAGCAGGACCAACGCUUGAACAGCAACAGACACAACAAACAGUCCGUAGGAAACCCGUCAAAGAAACCCAAAGUGAACCGGAAACUGAACUUCGAGGAUGAAGUCACCACCUCGCCAGUUUUGGGUUUGCGGAUCAAGAAGGAAAGUCCCGAGCUGAGGAGACAGCGGGAGAAGUCCACUGCGCCCACCGGGAACCAGCCGCUGGGAGAGUUCAUCUGCCAACUUUGUAAAGAGGAGUACCCCGACCCUUUCUCCCUCGCGCAGCACAAGUGCUCCCGCAUAGUGCGCGUGGAGUACCGCUGUCCCGAGUGCGACAAAGUCUUCAGCUGUCCCGCCAACUUGGCAUCUCACCGCCGCUGGCACAAACCUCGUCCGGUAAACAGCCAAGCAGGAGAGACUCCGACAAACAAGAGCCAGCCGUUAAAAGAGGCACGAGGGCUCCUUCAGCACGAGAGGCAGCCAGUAGAGAUGGAGGGCAAAGAGAACGAGCUGCUGCGUAUUAACACUAAUCAGCACCACGGAGUGCUGGACAGCUCCCGCAUCAGGCGCGAGCCGUCCCUGCUGCUGCUCCACGCUCGGUCUCGUGACAGCCCCGACAGCGACAGCCUCGCACCUCCGCACUAUGACUCCUCGCUUCAUUACCGGAACCCGGUUGAGAGCUGUCUGGAGCUGCAGCAGCAGGUGAGAGCGGCGGACAGUCCACCCUCGAGCCUCCUUCUACUAAACGGCAACCCAGACGAGCGCGCGGAGCUGCCGCAGCAGCAGCGGCCGUCACUUCCUCAUCCUCCCUUACCGUUUGUCCAGUCUUUACCGGAGGAGGAAGUGUACGAGUGCCGGUACUGUGGGAAGAAGUUCCGCCGGCAGGCUUACCUGAGGAAACACCUUGCCGCGCACGAGAUGACAGCGCGAGGGUCCCCGCCCCCAUCGUCUUAUGGCCAGGCACGCGAGACCGGUGGAGGACAGAGCCAGGUGUUCCUCUGUCACCUGUGCGGCGCGCGCUUCCCGUCAGUUGAAAUCAGAGACAAGCACCGUCUGUGGCACGCGAUGAGGGACGAGUUACUGGCGGGAACAUUGGGAGGAGGACUCAGACCAGACGUGUUCCACUCGCAGGGAGACGAGAGCGGCGCCGGGGAGUGCGAGCAGCAGCAGAUCUACACGUGCAAGCAUUGUCCGUCCACAUUCUUCAGCUCCCCGGGGCUCGCAAGACACAUCAACAAAUCUCAUCCUACCGAAAGCCGGCAGGUGAUGCUGCUGCAGAUGACGGUGCGACCGUAAAACGCGCACGAGACACAGACACACUCAAACAAGCCAAACAACAUAAUUUGGAAAAAUAAUCAGUCACUGGUUGUCAUAACAGGGAACAUGUUAAAUGUGGCUUUUAGCUGUUUUCAUCCACACUGAAGACAACAUUUAUCUCAGUCAUGGUUCUCUGAGGGCUGUGUGUGUCAGUUGUGGUCAAAGAGCACUAUGCCUUUGGUUUAAAGGUCAGUAAAAAUGUCUCACAAAGGCCCACUUAUGACACUAGAAGGUUGCAGACGUUUUCCAUGGUCAUAAAACUGAUAAGAUGAACCAAAAGCAAGAGUUAACAAAAGUUUUCUGUGAUGCUGAAAGUGCUGACAGUUAAACUGGAACUGUCCGUGGUGCUGAAACUAACAGAACUACUGAAACUUGUAGCCUACAAAUGAACCACAACCCCUGACCAGGCUACUGACACCAUGUUCGCAAACACAGAUGGCUUCUGUAAUCUCCCGCAGUUUGUUCAGUUUAAUAACAUGAUUAUUAUUAAGACAGAAAUUUUAACAUGACGGGAAAUUAAAGUGACCCAUAAAAGGGCUUCUGUCGAAAUCCUAAAAUCAAAACACAUCUUACAUCUUAUCAGUAUUUAGGUCGUUGAUGCAGAGAUUAAAGUCAGUAAUGCAAUCUGAAGUCACACAGUUUCUACAUUUUUUAUUCUCAUAAAGAGAAUAUUUGUCCUGAUCUGUAUUGGCACAGAUGAUGCUAUCUCUUUUCAGCUUAAGCUCUCUGUAAAUGAUUUGACAUUUAAUCACAGUAACUCAACUGUUGGUGAACAUUUGAGAGAAUGGGACAACUUAAGUUUGACAGAAAUGGCAUUUUGAUCAUGACUAAGAGUAAGAGGGUACAAAUUUGAUCUGAUUAUACUGAAGCAAUGAUCAACACAAGUCUCUCUACAUGAGGCAGACAUUUAAACACUAUGUCAACAUUUUUCUGUUGCAAAGUAAUCAGAUUACACUGAAGCCCAGGUGGAGUCUGUGUCACAUUACUGACUGGUGUAAUAUGUAGUGACUUGUAAUUACAUUUAGAAAGUGCCCUUCCUCACCCCAAGAACUGGAGACGGAAUCAAUGUCCUAACAAUAUUUCAAAGACUAUUUCAUGUACAGUGAACAAUAAAAAAAAAAAGAAGAAAAUAAUCAGACAGACCAUAAUAUGCCUUUUUAUAGUAAAAUAAAUGUGCCAGUAAAGUUCUCAGCUAUAAAAUAUUUUCAUACAGAAAUGGAACAUUUAAUGUUAGUACUGCUUGUAAAAGAAAAUGUCUUUCGUCUUUACUGAUUAUAUAUAACUGUUGGAAUAUUUGCUAAAUGCCUUCAUGAUGCUAAAAAUGUAACUGUGGUUCUAUGAAGCCUAUACAAUACUAUUUUGAUAUGUUUGAGGUUGAAUGUGAAAUUUAUUCUAAAUUAUUGUCAAUAAAUGUUAAUACAGUACGAUCAACGUCCUGCCCCUUGACUUAUUAAUGUGGUUUUAAAGGUGGUGCGUACACACACACACAAAUAUAUGAAUGGAUCCUUCAGUCAAGUGGUACGAAUCAUUUAUUGUCAAAUUCCAUCAUCGCACAUCCACGCUCUCUGUGUCCAAAAGAGACAUUACACGUUUACAUACUACAGGUCUGACAGUAACAUAGUUUGAGGAGUAUGUGUGCGAGCGUGCACGUGUGUGUUGUGAUACAGCUGUUCCAUAACACAUGCAGUUAGUACUGGACUGGAGUCAUGCAGUAUGUACAGUCAGUAGUUACAUACAUCAGCGUUGUCUCCAAACUAACAUCUGGACAACGGCUAAACCUGUAUGCAUCACAGCCCUCACGCUCAGAGUGUCCAUUGUCACAGACACAGAAGUUACAAUUUUUAUAUAUGAAGGGACAUUUCUGCGGUUAAUGGAGGGUUUCUGUGUAUUUUGGUUGCUGCCAAUCAUGGGGCUAUAAAAACACCAUCACGACUCCAGUGAUUUUGUGGAGUCACUGGUAUUUUAAUCCUAACAGUAUAAAGGAGUGUAAGGUACUGGGGCAGAGUUCAGGAUGUGGUGUAAACAGGUUCAGGUUGUCAGAGUGUUUACAGGAUUAAACCAGGCCAAUUGAGACACAGUCGGUGACAUGCAGGUGGUCUACAUACAGCAUGUACAGAUCAGUCCCAGAGUGCCGUGGGGCUACGAGACCACGUGUCGCAACCAAUCAAUGGUGCUUUAGCCUCAGCAUUAAUAAUAAUUGUAACAGCAAUAAUUUAAAGGGACAACUCAAAUCUCAGCUGACUUCAAAUAUUCACACACAAAGUAACACAAUGUGAAUUUGACCUCAUAUUACACUGGCAAAUCUGUAACAAUUUCAACCCCACAGAGGGGUAAAAAAAAGGUUUAAUAAUCCCUUUUCUCUCUACAGAGAAUCUAUGGCUGAAAUCAAAAAUCAAACAGUAACAGAAAAUACAGUUGUGAAUACAUUUUCUCCAAGCAGUGAAGCAUAAUGCAAAACCUUUAACUCAGAUCUAUAUUUUCAAAUAAAGAUCUUAUAUAUAUGUAUGUUUCCUUUACCAGGAGUCAGGCCAUGGAGAAAAGGAAUUCAUGGAGAAACGUGGCAAACAAGCCAGCAUGUAAAACAAACGGAAAAUCGUUCAAUCCUGACAAACCCUGGAGAACCACAGCUGUGACCAUUUAUAAAGAAAAAACCUGAAGUACAUGAAUGAUGUAAGCCAAUCUGAAAUCCUGUCAGUUUUAUUUGAGCUGAGCUGAUGGAGUGCUGAAAUGAGGAAGUUAAAUACACAAAUGGUAGUGUUAAAUUUUCUGGAGUGUGAUAACACGCGGAUCCCCUCCAUCCAGAACUGGAACUGGGGAUGAGUCUAAAUAUAAGAGCGGAGUUUAAAAAAAAAAGAUAAGAAAAAAAAAGAGAAGCAGCACAAAACCAUUCCUAUUUCAUUUCUAGGCGAUGAAUCUCCUUUCUCUUCUUCUUUGGCCUUGUUUCUACAGCAUUUCUCUUUUAUACACUUUGUCUUUCAUCCUUCCACCACCACCAAGGUGGUGAAAAUUAAUUAUCAAUAUCAGUCCACAACUAAA